GGGGCGCGGAGCCUUUGUACGCUGGAGGACGUGCGGGCCGAGGAGGACAGCCUGGACAGUGUGAAGAUACUGAGGCUGACCCUGCAGAAUGACCUCCCGGGCGACAGGCGUGACCCGGUGAAGCCGAAGCCGGUGGGAAGGGCCUUUGCCAUGGUGGCCAACCGGCCCACGGGAAGUCACGCCCUGGCUUCGGAGUGCGUCAAAUCCAGCGAGGGGGACGAAGAGAUCAUCAAGGUAUACCUGAAGGCCCGGGCGGAGGACAAGACAAAGCAUGAGAAGAAUCCCUACCUACUGAAAAGUGACGACUGUCAGAGGCAAGAGUUGACUUCGGCAAAACAGAAUGGGAUCCGUCCGUACAGAACUAACUCGUAUCGAAGCCUGUCUGCAAGUGAGGAGGAACCGUCCUACCCCAGAGAAGACAUCCGGAUCAUGCGCGAGACCACCAAGAGGCUUUUCUCCAAGCUGCAGGAGGCAGAGAAGCGGCACCAGUCGGAUCGGGCUGCUUAUGAGACGUCCAUCUCUCACUACCGGAGGGAAGCGGAGCAGUCCAGCGCGGCUGUCCAGCAGGCCGAACUGGACCUGGCAGAGAAAGAUCUGAAGCUGGAGGAGGUCCAGCGGCUCCUCUCGGGGAUGGAGAAGGAGCAGCGGAGCCUGCUGCAGAAGAUGAAGGACGACGAAUCCGAGCUGGAGGAGCUGAGGAAGAUCCGGAGCGACCAAGUUGCCGAGCAGGAAAGGUCAUCUAAACUAGAAAAAGAAGUCGCCACUUUGCGGGAGAAAAUCCACCACCUGGACGACAUGCUGAAGAGCCAGCAGCGCAAAGUCCGGCAGAUGAUAGAGCAGCUUCAAAACUCCAAGACGGUGAUUCAGUCCAAGGACGCAAUUAUUCAAGAGCUCAAAGAACGGGUGGCUUACCUGGAGGCUGAGAACCUGGAGAUGCACGAUCGCAUGGAGCACCUCAUCGAAAACCAAGUCAACUCCAGUGGGCACAGCGCCAAGUCCCGCUCCAAAUCCGAGUACUUCAGCAGCAGCAAAAGGACCAACAAAUCGCUGGGACCCAAACCGUUGCCUCUCAUCCGAGUGGUGGAAACAUGAACUGACUC